AUGUACCUCGGCUGCGUCUUCCUCCUCGUGCUCCUGCUCAACUUGGACGUCCUCUUCCUGCUCCCCAGCCCGUCCAGCAUCAUGGCCUCGCCCGCGCCGCCGCCCGCCAAGCUGCCGGGCAGCACGUUUCCGCAAAAGAUAUGGCAGACGUGGAAGAUCGACCCGCUGCUGUUUGGCAUCACCGAGACGGCGAGGGCCAUGACGUGGAUCAAGCAGAACCCCCAUAUGCGCUACGAGGUCAUCACCGACGCCAGCGACCUGACCUACGUCGAGCAGCACUUUGGCCCCGACGGCUUCAACCGGCCCGACAUUGUCGACUUUUACCGCCAGGUCAACCUGCGCAUCAUCAAGGCCGACCUGCUGCGGUACAUGAUCCUCUACGCCGAGGGCGGCAUCUACGCCGACAUUGACGUCGAGGCCCUCCGGCCCUUCCACCGCUUCAUCCCCGAGCGCCACAACGAGCACGACUACGACCUCAUUGUCGGCAUCGAGGUGGACAUGCCGCAGUUCCGCCACCACCGCAUCCUGGGCCAAAAGUCGCAGUCCUUUUGCCAGUGGACCAUUGCCGCGCGCCCGCGCCACCCCGUCAUGCUGCACCUCAUCGACGGCAUCAUGAAGUGGCUCAAGGGCGUCGCGAGGAGGCAGCGCGUGGCCCUGGGCAAGGUCGAGCUCGACUUUGACCAGGUCAUCACCGGCACGGGCCCGUCGGCCUUUACCGCCGCCGUGCUCGACGAGAUGAACCGCGCGGCCAGGGCCAAGGGCGAGCCCGGCGUCACCUGGGACGACUUCCACGGCAUGGACGAGUCCAAGGUCGUCGGCCGCGUGCUGGUGCUGACGGUGGAAGCCUUUUGCGCCGGCCAGGGCCACUCCGACUCGGGCAACCACGGGUCUCGCGGCGCCCUCGUCAAGCACCACUACCACGCGUCCAACUGGCCCAGCAGGCACCGCCGCUACAGGCAUCCCGCCUACGGGCAGGUCGAGGAGUGCAACUGGGACGCUGCCUGCGUCGAGCAGUGGGACAGGGACGUGGCUGCCUUUGACAAGCUGUCCGAGGCGGAGAGGAAGAAGAUUAUCGUCGAGCGGCUCAAGCUGCUGCAGGAACAGCAGCAGGAGCAGCAGCAGCCGCAGCAGCAGCAGCAGCUGGUCAAGAGUCCGUGA